AUGACACUUCUGCCCAGGCUCGUGCGGCGGGAGGAAGAAGCCACGCAAGGUGCCUUCCAAGCCCUGGUGCAGCCUGGCCUGGGAGAGAGGAGCCCCACACGCCGAGAGCAAAGACAGGGCAGAGUUCCUCGGACGUGGCACCGGGCCAGGGAGCCCCUCGCGGCGGCAGGGGCUCUCCACGGACUCAGCCAUCUGGGGAGAGCAGCCCAGAGCCCUCGGGCCUCCUGCCGUAUUCUGUGGCCUGGGACUUGGGGGGGACCCAUGAGGACACGGGGACGCAGCUGAAGGGAGGUGCAGACAGCGUGUACUGGCAUUUCCGGGGACCGAGCCCAGAAGGAGCAGGACAGCCACCUCCUGGCCUGGAGGAAAAUCCUGCUUCCUGGCAAGAAAACCACCCCUGGAGGAACAGGGUUGGGGUGCAGGAGGCUUUCCCAGGCAGCCGCCCCUUUCCUCCUCCAAAAGCAGGGCAGGAAAAGAGCAUUCAGCCCAGGCAGCGAAAACCCCAGCUCUGGUCCCUCCCGCCCCACCAGCCGCCUGGAGGCACGGAGUUCCGGCCUGGAUGAGAAGCGACUCACAGGCCACGGCUGCUUCCCCUCUGCGAGGAAGGAAAAGUCCCUGCAGUGCGGCCCUCGGCGAAGGCUUCGAAUACAGCACCUCUCUCUGCCCAAUCAAUGUGUUUGCACCAAUGUGGACUUUGACGGGAAACUGCCCUCCUCCCUUGACCUUGCUGUGUUUUCGGAACGCCGGGCCCAGAGCAAGGGCGAACACCGUAAGGCGCUGCGCUCGUGGCUUCCAUGUGGCGUCCACGUUGAAACGAAGCAGGCUCGAAGCUGGAAACUCGCUUCACCCACCCGCCCCUUCGCCAUCCGCUGGCGGUGA